GGGGUCCGAGUGCGGGCUGAGCCGCCGAGGUCUGGCCGGGGGGCCCGGGGACAGAGGCCUGGGCGGAGCGUGGGGGUGGGGCGGCCGGGCCUGGCCUGGCUUCCGGGGGGGCAGGGUCUGUCCCGUUGCCCGCACGCCCCGGCCCGGGGUUUGAGGAGUGGCUGAGAGAGUGGUGGCAGCUCGGCGAGCGGAGGCGAGGCAGAGAUUCCCGGGCACGGCUGCAGGCCGAGGCCCAGGUGUGCGGGACGCGGCCGGAGCGGGCUUCACGGCCCCGCUGCAGACCCGGUUCGCAUCUCGCCGGCCCCGAGCCCGGCUGCCGCGCCUCGCCAUGCCCGCGGGCUGAGCGCCACCCGCCGCCGCCAUCCGGGCCUCCCAGCGCCGCGUGGCGCCUGACGUUGGGGCCCCGGUGGCCGACCAUGGUGCUGCCGCCCCCGGACCGGCGGCACGUGUGCCUGACCACGCUGGUGAUCAUGGGCAGCAUGGCCGUGAUGGACGCGUACCUGGUGGAGCAGAACCAGGGCCCGCGCAAGAUCGGCGUGUGCAUCGUGGUGCUGGUGGGCGACGUGUGCUUUCUGCUGGUGCUGCGCUACGUGGCCGUGUGGGUGGGCGCCGAGGUGCGCACGGCCAAGCGCGGCUACGCCAUGAUCCUCUGGUUCCUGUACGUGUUCGUGCUGGAGAUCAAGCUCUACUUCGUGUUCCAGAACUACAAGGCGGCGCGGCGCAGCGCCACCGACCCCGUUGCGCGCAAGGCGCUGACUCUGCUGCUGUCGGUGUGCGUGCCGGGCCUCUUUCUGCUGCUCGUGGCCCUCGACCGCAUGGAGUACGUGCGCACCUUCCGCAAGCGCGAGGACCUGCGCGGCCGCCUCUUCUGGGUGGCGCUGGACCUGCUGGACCUGCUGGACAUGCAGGCCAGCCUGUGGGAGCCGCCGCGCAGCGGGCUGCCGCUGUGGGCCGAGGGCCUCACCUUCUUCUACUGCUACAUGCUGCUGCUCGUGCUGCCGUGCGUGGCGCUCAGCGAGGUCAGCAUGCAGGGUGAGCACAUUGCGCCUCAGAAGAUGAUGCUCUACCCGGUGCUCAGCCUCGCCACCGUCAACGUGGUGGCUGUGCUGGCGCGCGCCGCCAACCUGGCACUCUUCCGCGACAGCCGCGUCUCGGCCAUCUUCGUGGGCAAGAACGUGGUGGCGCUGGCCACCAAGGCCUGCACCUUCCUCGAGUACCGGCGCCAGGUGCGCGACUUCCCGCCGCCCGCGCUCGCGCUCGAGCUGCAGCCGCCGCCGCCCGCUCAGCGCAACACGGUGCCGGCGCCCCCGCACGGCCCGCCCGGGCGCCCCCACGGGCCCUCGCCCACACGCGAAGCCCUGGACACGUGACGGGUCCCGCGGGGCGCGGUGGGGGCGGCGAGGGCCCCCUCCGCCUCCCGCUGCUGCUUCAUCUCAGGAAUCCCCCGUCCUCGGCGCGCUGCCCUCUUGGCCGGGGAGGCCCGCGCGGAGGCCUGGGCCCUGGGGGCGCCUCUGUCGUUUUAAAGACUCGUGUUCACGGUUUUGUACCUGCAA